AUGGACACGUGGACAAAAGUAAAAACAAAGAAACUUCGAAAUAUAGGCGCACAGCCACAAAAAUGUAUGAGAGAUCCUUGCGCCUGUAAGCUGAAGUGUUUUGAAACUAUUCAACAUGAAGAUAGACUGAACUUAUUUGAAUAUUUUUGGGCUACAGGCUGUUAUGAGACUCAGUGGCAUUUUAUUUUGAAUAGCACAGAAAUUAAGGAACCUAAAGUUAUUAAAAUCAAAAAAGAUAAUUGUAAAAUAUGCAGUGAAUAUGAAAAUACAACGGAAGAGGCUAAACUCCAGCUCCAGCAGCUGUACGAGACAUAUUAA